AGCCACUCCCUGCAGUGCUGUCGUGAUAAUGGUCUCGAAGAGGGAGGGGCCACUCAAAGGAAAGAAGGGACUCCACACAAUGGGAGACAGUUUCCAUGACCAGCUAUUGGAGGACAGUCGGUUCCUCAGGACAGACCGUCGACUGGACACAGAACUAGUGGAUAAGCUCAUCCUGCAGCUCAACAGGAUCUACCCACAGAUCCUCACAGACAAGGAGGCCACCAAAUUUAGGGACCUUGAUGUGCCCACCUGCGUCCGACUGGCCGAGCUCCUGGCUCACCUGCAGGGGAAAGGUGAAGAGGCCUGCCGGGAGUUCUACCGGGCGCUUCACCUGCAUAUGGAAGAGGUGUACUUCAGCCUACCAACACGCCUCCGCCUCAGAGAUUCUGUAGACCCGUUCACGAUUACAGCCUCACCCACCCAGCCGAGAUAUGUGCUGAACGACCGAGGUCCUCUGUUCUUCCUGAGUUGUUUUGGUGUUGCGGUGGGGAUGGCUCUACUGUAUUACUAUGGCGAGGCCAAUGUAACAGGGGGAAGCGGGGCUCUUGGCAUGGCUGCUCUUGGACUGGGCCGACGAGCCAGAGAGGUUCUCAUAUGGUACGCUGAAGACCCCAUCAGGAAGUAGUCUGUGUGUCUCCACUACCACAGCAAAACAAGCACUCCAAAGGUGUUUCCGGACAUCCAUAACACACUACACAAAUACCCUUUUCACAUUACCAUGCCAACCUGAACCAAACUGUGCUGGUUAACUGGGCCAGUUGAUUACAGCUUGGUUUGGCUCAGUUCAGUUUGUCUCAGUGGUGUGAAAAGCCAUGGGAUUCUAACUUUGUACAUACUGUGUAUAUAGCAGUCUGUUGGCUUUAGGAAUCUUGAGAGGUUUAUUGGACAAUUUGUCAUAUAGCAACUGGUUUUCUUAUGAACUUUCAUUGUCUUCAUAAUGGUUAGAUAUUAGACAUGCAUCUUCUCUGGUGAAAGGGACUAUUAUCACACUAAUGCUCUGUUACUGAACAGCAUCUUGUCAAGAGCCAGCCUCCUUCCCUUGUUCAUUUGGUGUGGUUUGGACACCGUGUACAGAAACCAAUAAACCAGACUCACUUUAAAUGAACCUUUCUGACUGAAUGUGUUGUACUACUUGCAGUAUGCUCAGGAGAUUGACGUUAGGAAACAUCAAACGGCAAAGGAGGGUAUUUAUCAAAUAGGAUGUUUAUUUGUUUACUUGGCUUACUGAAGGAAACCAACCAAGCACUACGUUUUAUUGCAAUUUGAAUUGUAAUAUCAUCUCUGUUAUCAGGGAGGAUCUAUAAAUGGAAAACAUGAAUGAUAUAUAUAUAUAUAUAUAUAUAUUUUGUUAUCAGACACCCUUACAGUAGUGAGUGUAUACAUUUCAUACUGGUCCCCCGUGGGAAUCAAACCCACAACCCUGGUGUUGCAAGUGCCAUGCUCUACCAACUGAGACACACGCUCUACCAACUGAGCUACAACAUGUUGUUCGUCCGGUGUUUUGUCUUGGAUUAAAUGUCUACGACAUGAUGUCUUUCAAUUUGAUCAAUCCAGGUCCACUAUGCUUGUAGCUAGAUUAAUGUGUGACCCAACCAUAUCAGAGCAAUUGUAAUAUGUUCACUAGAACUAUCACAUUAUAGCGGUUGAUUACACUCUUUUUGAGUGACAAUAGUACUAAGUUACUGUUUUUGACAGUGUUCAUGUUGUUUUUAUUCCCACUGAAAAGCCCAUGUAAAGUAUUAGAUUUCAGGUCUCAGCCGUGUUUCACCUCUGUCUGUUUCUCUCUCACUUUUCUCUAAUGUUAUUAAGUGUUUUCAAAGUUCUCUCUAACACAGUGUGAAGCCAUUGUUCACUAACUUUCCUUAAUCUGUGCUUUGUUUGGUACGAGAAUAUGGUUCAUGGGGGAAGUAGAUUAUAACGGUUAUAAAGUUUUAUAGUAGGGAAAAGUAUACUAUUAGAUACACAUGUAGCCUACCUGAUAUAUAUUCAGUGUGUAGACAUAUGAGACUGUUGUCACAGCUCCAUCUACUCUGUGAGGAGAAAAUCCCAACUCCCAUUUAAGUCAUAUGGACAUCAAUGCACAGCUAAGUGGUUUUAGUGGAAGUUAUGCUUCUCCCCACAUUCUCUUCACUGCCUCAUUCUCACAAGUGCCAUCAUUAUGAUUUAUAUAAUUGUAUGACUUUUCACUAUUUACUGUUUUCAAGCCUUUCUAUGCGUGGACAAUACAAAACAAUAUCUGGACAAAUUGUUAGUUUUCAUUUACAAACUUCAUUUCAGAAUAGUACAGUUUUCUACUGCAUACAGUGCAACAAACAGGGGCUAAAAUAUGAUUUGGUCCUUCAUUUAAAAAAAAUAGAAAAUGCCUUCAAUCAUAAAAAUAUAUAUAUAUUGGCAAAGCUUAAGGUCUAAACAUGGCAUGAAAUAUUAUAUAUAUAUUUUACACAUAAAUUGUGAUGGUACAUACUGUACGUUGCAUAGAUCUGAGAUCACAUAUAAGGCAGCAGGCAAUGUCUGAAUGUCCGGUUGUAAAAUUCAAGUAACUUAACAUGAGAAUUUUGUGUAAAAAUCCACUAAUUACCAACAUUUUGCAACGCUAGAUCAGUGGUUCACAAACUCUUCACACCCCUCUUGUUAGCGGAGAGAACAUUUAGCAGGUUUAAAGCAUAUUUCCUGCAAUUCUAUACACUCGUCAAGCCUGCCCAGGGACUGUGGUUGAAAAUUAGCCGGCUGGCUAAAACCGGCACUUUUACUGAAAACGUUGAUUAAUGUGCACUGUCCCUGUAAAAAGUAACUCGACUCAACAUGAACACACAGAAUAUGUAGGAAAUGAGCUUUAAAAUGGCGGCCAUGGAGGGCGAUAUUUUUGAGAGGCAUUUAAAAGCUAAUUUCCUACAUUCUACACAUUUUGCCGUAUCUUGUGUGUGUUCAUGUGAUAGCAGAGUGACUCAAACAUUACAACAAAAUCAAUGGGCUAAAAAACACAGCAGCUGGGUCUGCAAAGUUUGAGUAUUUCUAGAACAAAGUUACCAUGACAACAGAUAUGAGAUACUUUAGUGUAUGUGGACACCCCUUCAAAUGAGUAGAUUUUGCUAUUUGUUUGCCAGUGACAGUCUCUCUCUUCUCAUUCAAAUAUUUGUUUUUAACAUAAAGUUCAGUAAAAGACCCAUGUGAUUCCAUUUGAUAUUGCGAGGGUUGUUUUGUUUGCUCAUUGCGCUGUCUAUGUGUCAGUAUAUUGUCUAUAAAAGUGGAUCCUCGUGAUUGUAUUGUUUUUCCCUUUUAGACCACAUAGGCCUAAUAAAAUACUUCAAAUGA